AAAAUAUGCAACAAAUUAAACACUAGACUAAAAUCAGUGUCCCAGAAAUUGGAAGAAAAUAUUUUAUUCAAGCACAAAACUUGAAGCCUUAUUCCAUGUAUUGGGGGGAAGUUAUGGCUGGCCAUGUGGGUAGAGGUGUCUUAGAGGAGGAGGUAUGGAGGAAGGGACCUUGGACUGCUGAAGAGGACAGGUUGCUUGUUGAGUAUGUUAGGUUGCAUGGUGAAGGCAGAUGGAACUCUGUUGCUAGGCUUGCAGGAUUGAAAAGAAAUGGGAAGAGCUGCAGAUUGAGAUGGGUGAAUUAUCUGAGACCUGAUCUCAAGAGGGGACAGAUAACACCACAAGAAGAGAGCAUAAUUCUAGAGUUGCAUGCAAGGUGGGGAAACAGGUGGUCAACAAUUGCAAGGAGCUUGCCAGGGAGAACUGACAAUGAGAUAAAAAAUUAUUGGAGGACUCAUUUCAAGAAAAAGGCAAAAAGUCCCUCUGAUGCAGCAGAGAAGGCUAGAAAUAGACUCAUGAGGAAGCAGCAAUUUCACCAGCAACAACAACAACAAGAACAGUUGCAGCAGCAGCAUCAGGCACAACAACAACAAAUGCAAUUCAACUUUGACAUGAAAGGCAUCAUGGCCAUGCUUGAGGACAACAUCCAUAGAACACCUUAUAUAUCUCAAUCAAGACAAGAAAUGAUCAACAUGCACCAAAACACCACAGAAGAGCAAGGAUACUUGUACUCUAUGCUCAAUGACAACUCUUCUGCUUCUUCUGCACCAGAGACCUCUGCAGAAGAAGUUUUGUGGGAUGGUCUGUGGAACAUAGAUGAUGUUCAUGGCAAUUUCAGUGUAGCUAGUGCAGCAAGCAAAGUUGGUCUAUACAAUUUAGUUGCUCCCUUCUGUUAAUGUUUUUUUGGUUAAGCAAAGUAGUCCUAGGUAGCUAAUCUAAGUCAUACUGUCAUCAUAAGACUCCAAAAGCCAGGAGCUUUGAAGUUUGGAUUAGUUAUUAUUGCAUAAAGUGUGUACUAGAGGUAGUAAAUGAUGUUAUAUGAAGGAAAAAUACUUUGUAACCUGUCAAUAAAGUCUCAUUUUUGCUUAUAUAAACUAAAUUGAAUUUUGCUUU